CCUCAAUUAUCUCAAUUUGUAAGAUGUGAUUUUUAGAGGUCGACGACUCAAAGCUUCCCUUCGGUUGACUUUGGUUGGUUGCAAUUUGCAUCCGACGCCAUGGCCGACGAGCUCCGACCUCGACACGGGAAUUGGACUUACGAUGUUUUCUUGAGUUUUAGAGGUGAAGAUACUCGCAAAAACUUCACUGAUCAUCUCUACUACGCAUUCAAAGAUGCAGGCAUCAAUGUCUUUCGAGACGAUCCAGGGCUCGAACGGGGUGAAGACAUAAGUUCAGAGCUGGUGCGAGCUAUCGAAGGAUCGAAGGUGGCAGUUGUCGUAUUCUCGGAAAGGUAUGCGGAGUCGGGAUGGUGUUUGGAGGAGUUGGUAAAGAUCAUGGAGUGUAGAAGGACUUUGAGACAACUGGUUUUCCCAAUAUUUUAUAAUGUGGAUCCUUCGAGUGUGAGGAAUCAAAAGGGUGAAUUUGAAGAGGCUUUUGUUAAACAUGAAGUGCGUUAUUUUAGGGAUAUUGAUAAAGUUCUUAAGUGGAGAAUGGCUCUCACUGAAGCUGCUAAUUUAUCUGGUUGGGAUUUGAGAAACAUUGCAGAUGGACAUGAAGCAAAGUUCAUAAGGUUGAUUGUUGAAAAGGUAUCAAAGGAGGUGAACAGUAAAUACUUAUUCAUAGCUCUUUAUCCAGUGGGAAUUGAAUCGAGAAUCAAACCUCUUUUAUCACAUCUUCAUAUUGGUUCAAAUGAUGUUAGGUUUGUAGGAAUUUUGGGGAUGGGAGGACUGGGUAAAACCACCAUUGCAAAAGCACUUUACAACCAACUUUAUCACAACUUUGAAGCCAAAUGUUUCCUUUCCAAUAUCAAAGCUGAAACCUCCAACCAACCCAAUGCUCUAAUUCACUUACAAAAACAACUCCUCUCUUCCAUCACAAAUUCCACCGACAUCAAUCUCGGAAACAUCGACCAAGGAAUCACCGUGUUGCAAGAAAGACUUCGUUGCAAAAGACUUCUUUUGAUAUUAGAUGAUGUAGACGAAAUAAGCCAGUUAACUGCAUUAGCAACAAGGCGUGAUUUGUUUGGUUCAGGUAGUAGAAUUAUCAUAACAACUCGAGAUCAACAUCUGCUAAAUCAGCUCGAAGUAGACGAAAUUUGUUCCAUCGAUGAAAUGGAUGACGAUGAAGCACUUGAACUCUUUAGUUGGCAUGCUUUUCGCAAUAGUUAUCCAUCAGAAACCUUUCAUCAACUUUCAAAACAAGUGGUCACGUAUUGUGGAGGAUUGCCAUUAGCUCUCGAAGUGUUGGGUUCUUUCCUUUUUGGUAGAAGUAGAGAAGAAUGGGAAGAUACAUUGAAGAAAUUGAAGAAAAUCCCAAACGAUCAAAUUCAAAAAAAACUUAGAAUAAGCUUUGAUGGGCUAAAUGAUCAUACUUACAAAGAUAUAUUUCUUGAUGUGUCAUGUUUCUUUAUUGGAAUGGAAAGGAACUAUGUUGAACAAAUAUUAGAUGGAUGUGGAUUUUUUCCAAGAAUUGGAAUUAGUGUUCUUCUUCAAAGAUGUCUUUUGACAAUUGGUGACAAAAACAGAUUAAUGAUGCAUGAUUUGUUAAGAGAUAUGGGGAGAGAAAUUGUUCAUGAAAAUUUCCCAAAAUGCCCUGAGAGACAUACAAGACUUUUUCUUCAUGAGGAAGUGCUUUCUGUACUUACAAGACAAAAGGGAACUGAAGCAACUGAAGGCCUAAGUCUGAAGUUGCCAAGAUUUAGCAAGCAAAAGUUGAGCACAAAAGCAUUUAAUGAAAUGCAAAAUUUGAGGUUACUUCAACUUAAUUUUGUCGAUGUAAAUGGAGAUUUCAAGCAUAUUUCUCAAGAGAUAAGAUGGGUUUGUUGGCACGGAUUUCCUUUGAAGUUUUUGCCUACAGAAUUUCAUAUGGACAAAUUGGUUGCGAUGGACUUGAGAUAUAGCCAAAUCAGAUUCUUUUGGAAGGUGUCUAAGUUUCUCAAGAAUUUGAAGUUCCUCAAUCUAGGCCAUUCUCAUUACUUAACCCACACUCCAAAUUUCUCCAAACUCCCCAAUCUAGAGAAACUCAGCCUCAAAGAUUGCAAGAAUUUAAUUGAAUUGCACCCUACAAUUGGAGAAUUAAAAGCCCUCAUUUCCCUGAACUUAAAAGAUUGCAAAUCCCUCAAAUCACUUCCAAAUAGUUUCUCCAACUUAAAAUCUCUACAAACUCUCAUUAUUUCAGGUUGUUCAAAGCUUAAUAGUUUGCCAGAAGAUUUAGGAGAAAUUACAUCAUUAAUAACUCUAAUAGCUGAUAACACACCAAUCCAAAAAAUUCCUAAUACAAUUAUAAACUUAAAAAACCUCAAAUAUUUAUCUUUAUGUGGGUGUAAAGGGUCACCAUCAAAAUCAUCAUUCUCUUCAAUGAUUUGGUCUUGGAUUUCACCAAACAAAUUAUAUAAAAACUACUCAUCAAUUAUUCUCCCUUCUUCAUUACAAGGCUUAAACUCCUUAAGAAAAUUAUGCCUUAAAAAUUGCAACUUGUCAAAUAACACAAUUCCAAAAGAUAUCGGGAGUUUACGUUCUUUGAGAGAAUUGGAUUUGAGUGAGAAUUUAUUCCACAGUUUGCCAUCAACUAUUAGUGGCCUUUUGAAACUUGAGACACUUUUGUUGGACAAUUGCACUGAACUUCAAUUUUUACCAAAUUUGCCACCACAUUUGAGUUCAUUGUAUGCAUCAAAUUGUACUUCAUUGGAAAGGACUUCAGAUUUGUCAAAUGUGAAGAAAAUGGGAUCUUUGUCUAUCAGUAAUUGUCCUAAACUUGUGGAGAUUCCUGGCUUGGACAAAUUAUUGGAUUCUAUUAGAGUUAUUCACAUGGAAGGAUGUAGCAACAUGUCCAAUUCCUUCAAGGAUACCAUUCUACAGGGAUGGACAGUUAGUGGAUUUGGAGGAGUAUGUCUUCCAGGCAAAGAAGUUCCAGAUUGGUUUACAUACAAAGAUGAAGGUCACUCAUUAUUUUUCGAAUUGCCUCAAUUUAACGGUUCCAAUUUAGAAGGCUUCAUUGUUUGCAUAGUUUACUGUUCUUGUUUUAACAACACAAUCUCAACUGACCUUCCAAGUUUAUCAGUCAUUAAUUACACAAAAUCUGUCAUUACAACCAACAAACCUCUUACCAAUGACGUAAUAAUGUCAACUCAAGAUCAUUUGUGGCAAGGUCAUUUAUCUAACAAAGCCUUCAAGAUGGAACCUGGCGAUGAAGUCGAGAUCAUCGUUGAUUUCGGUGCUGAAAUCACUGUGAAGAAGAUUGGCAUCUCGCUUGUGUUUAACAAGUAUGUCGAUGGAACAAUGUUAGAGUUUGGAUCCACUUCUAAUGAUAAUGUUAUCGUUGUGGAUAACCAAGAUGAAAAUGUAAGUGAAGAUUAUGGAGAAGUUGGGAGCAAGAGAGGUUUUGAUGACAGUGAUGAUGAAGGAUUGAAGAAUUUAUACCAAAUGCCCAAAAGGCUGAAGUAUGAGAUUGACUCUGACGUGAACAUUGAUGAGGAGUAGAAGCAAAAAGAAAGACUCUGAUAUUAAAGGUCAUAUCACUCAUAUUAUUCUUGAACCUCUAACGUUAACACUGAUAUGUCCGAUUAUGAUUUUUUAUAAUUUCAUUCCUGUCCACUACUUGUUUGAGAUUCUACAA